CGGCGGCGAUCAGUCCGCUUUCGGUGCUCAAGCUUUGCGUUUCGUUCGCCUCCAGCAGCAGCAGCUGCCCCUGACCAAACCCCUUCUCCAUUCCCAAAGCCCAGACGAGACCAGUUUGUGUGGACAGCGAUGACGAUGACGUGCUGAGGUCUCUUGUUCUCUGUGCCCGUCUCUCGCGCUCUCUCCCGGUGUGCCGAAAAAAAUUAUAAACUUAUUAAAUAGUUUUCUUCGCGGAAAUCAGACAACCGAAAAGCACCAGGAAAACCAGCGACACCGUUUCUCGUUCAAGGUAAGAGUUAAGAGCCAAGAUGAGCAAACAGGACCGGAAAUCGAGGUGGUACUUUGGCGGGUUGGCCAGCGUAGGCGCUGCCAUGGUCACCCAUCCCCUGGACCUCAUCAAGGUCACACUGCAGACGCAACAGGGCAAGCUGUCGGUGUUGCAGCUCCUCCCGAAGAUCGCCCGGGAACAGGGAGUGCUUGCUUUCUACAAUGGCCUCUCCGCCUCGAUGCUUCGCCAGAUGACAUACUCCACCACCCGCUUCGGCGUCUACGAGGUGGGCAAGGAGCACAUUAACACGGACUCCUUUGUCGGCAAGGUGGGCCUAGCAGGACUAUCCGGACUCUUUGGCGGAAUCGUGGGCACUCCGGCGGACAUGGUCAACGUGCGCAUGCAGAAUGACGUCAAGCUGCCCGUGGAGCAGCGUCGCAACUACAAGCACGCCUUGGACGGCCUAAUAAAAGUAUAUCAACAAGAGGGAUUUACGCGACUCUUCUCUGGCGCCACUACUGCAACGGCCCGUGGCAUCAUGAUGACCAUCGGCCAGAUCGCCUUCUACGACCAGACAAAGGUCUAUCUGCUGUCCACGCCCUAUUUUAAGGAUAACCUGGUGACGCACUUUACUGCCUCACUGGUGGCCGGUACGAUAGCCACCACAAUGACCCAGCCGCUGGACGUGCUGAAGACCCGAUCGAUGAACGCCAAGCCUGGAGAGUACAAUGGCCUGUGGGAUGUGGUCAAGCACACGGCGAAGUUGGGCCCUCUUGGCUUCUUCAAGGGCUAUGUUCCGGCCUUCGUGCGUCUGGGACCCCACACGAUCAUCACGUUCGUGUUCCUCGAGCAGCUGCGACUCAACUUUGGCUACGAAGCAAGAUAGUCGGGAUGACGGCGGAGUCCCUGAUUAGGCAAUAAUUCUCUCCCAUGGCUGGCUGACAGAUUCCCUUUGAGCAAUGGUAACAUUCCAGCUGCAAUUUGUUCACUACAACACAUAGCUUAGCUUUAGCCAGUUCAAGUUGUUAACUUUUAUGCUUUUAUUGUUGCGAAUUACUUAUAGAUAUACGUGGCCGGCAUUUCAGACUUUCAUGCCCAAAAUUAUUUAAUGAGAUUGUUCGCUAAAGGAUUAUAGGCAUAUAUAUUAUGUAAGACUAAAGUACUUGUAUCAAAAUCCGUCGAAUGUUCAUUGAGUGUAGAAAUAAAAACCGCUUGCUUUUAUACAUCAAUUUAGCUUGAAAUUUGUUAAGUUUAUAAAUUGUAAAACAGGUCGAAACAAAAUGUUUAAAUAAGUUAAAAUAUGUCCCUAUAGAACUGUGCAUGGACUCAUCGUAAUAUAUCAUUUUUAGGGCAUGAAGGUUUAAGUUUCGCUCGAUCGUACUUCGUCGUCAUUGCCGUGCUGUUAGCAAUUAACUUUAAUUAUUUACCAAUUGGUGAGCAUCUGCUUGUUGUUGCUUAAUGUGUUAAGACUGCCAUGCAAUAAUUGAAUAAAACAAACCAAAAUUAA